AUGAGAACUACAGAAACAACAAGUACACAAGUAGAUCGCACUGGUUUAAGAGUCGAAACUACCAGUAUUCCUUCAUUUAGUCAAAAAGGAUCAAUGUUAGCUUUGGGUACUAAAUCUAAAAUUCUAGAUGCGAACUUCUCACCCGGUUCUAAGUUACAAAUUAUGAGUUUAGAAACAGAAGAAGUUCUAUUUAGAAAAGAAGUGCCUGCUCGGUUUAAUCGUUUAGAUUGGGGUUGUUAUGGAGAUAAGCUUUUCUUAGCUGGAGGUCUAGAUGGGGGUAAUUUAAGUCUUUGGGAUACAACUGGAUUAUUAGGUGAUGGUGAGCCUAAAGAACUUACCUUUACUAAUUGUGCCAAAACAGAAGAUGAUAUUCUAGGUAUUGAUUUUGCCUUAGGUAUGCCUGUUUUAGCAACUGGAUCUAGUGGGGGUAAGAUAGUCUUAUGGAACUUAAGAACUUUAGAUAAGCCUUUAUCACCUGGUAAUACUACGAAGUAUGAUGGGAUUAGUUGUAUUCAGUGGAAUAAGAAGAUACCACAAGUCUUAGCUGUUGGUACGACUGAUGGAGUAGUUAGUGUUUUGGAUUUAAGAGGGAAGAGUGAAGUUUCACGUUUAGCUGGGCCUUACUUCUCUAGAUCGGAGAUAACUACUUUACAAUGGGAUCCUUCUUCUAGUACGCAAUUAGCUGUUUCUUCUUCUUCUUCUGAGUGUCAGGAUGUGGUGAUUUAUGACUUGCGGGUAACUAAAGGAGCACCGCGGUUGCAAGGACAUACGGAUGGUAUUCUUAAGACUACUUGGUCAGAACAUGAUCCUUCUUUGAUUGUAACUUGUGGUUGUGAUGGUUCUAUUGUGGCUUGGAAUGCUAAAACACUAUCUAAACGAGGAGUGAUUUUGCAAGAGACUGCUUUUGAUUUUGUCUUUAGUCCGGAACAUCCCGAUACGGUGGCUUAUGCUACUUUUAAUGGUGAAGUUGUCGUGGAUAGUUUGACUUCUCUCAAUGCUAAAUCUCCCUUUUUAGAUAGUGUUCCUCUUUGGCAACAACAAGGAGCUGCCUUAUCUUUUUCGGCUUUUGGUUUAUUAGUCUAUCAACAAGGACUUAAGUUAAGACCUUGGCAUGUUUUAGCUGAUAAGUCUUCGUAUGAAUGGCAGAUCUUAGCUGCUUUGGAGAAAGGAGAGUCUUUAAGGCAGGAGAUGCUUAAGAUACUAGGACCAGCUGAAGAAACAAGUCCGGAAUUGGUUGGGGAACUAGUUGGGAGUCCAGUUAAGAUAGACCAUCAAGACUUAACUACGGAAAAGAUCUUACGGGGUGAUUUAAGUGGAGCUUUUCAAGCCGCUCUUAAGGAAAGUGCGCCUUUAGCUGCUUUAGUAGCUUUAUGCCAUGGACCUGAGAUGUUAGCUAAGCAUAAGUUGCAGAUCUUACGGGCUCCAGGUGCUUCUUCUUCUUUACUAGUACUACUCUCUGUUUUAACGGGUCAGUAUGAAGAUUUAGUGGAGCAAGAUGUAGAUUGGACAGUUUUAGUGAAGAUUUUAGCCAGACACUGUUCUGAUAGUGAGUUUAUAAGUCGUGUGCAUAAGAUUGCUGAAGUUCUUGAUGCUAAAUCAUCAGCCGGUGCUAAUAUCUGUUAUCUUUUAGCCGAAGAUGUACAGAAGUACCAAGCAUUUGAAGAAGCCCGUGUUAAACUACCCAGGAGUCUAUCUGAAGCCAGUGAAUUUUAUCAAGAUUUCCAUCAAGUCUUUGCCAUUACUGAAAAGGCUGUUUCCCUUCUUAAUCAGUCCAUUACUAUUACUAAGCCAACUAUUGCCUAUCUUAAACACUUAGUUGAUAUGGGCGAAAAAGAACGAGUACUUAAGUUCCUAGGACAUUUAACUCCAGAAGCUGCCGUACAAGCCAAGACUGAAUUAGGUGAUUUACAACCAGCUGCACCACUCCAGCCCAACCGUACUCGCUCCACUGAUAUGCCCAGGAAUGAUAUGCAAAGAACAGUUGAUGCUUUAGCCCGUACAUCUAUCUCCCGACCUACUCCACCCCAGCCUAACCAGCCUAACCAUCCUAAUCAGCCCGCCUUCAAUCAACCUAAACCUCCUACUGCUUCUCCCUUUGCUAAACCACCUAUGUCCACUCCAUCCACUCCCUUCAAUACAGCUACUCCUCCUCCCCGCCGACCGCCUAUGCCCACCAAUAUACCCCCUACCAUGCAACCUCCUCAGCAUCCCCACUCCAUGCAACCUCCAGCCCAUCCUAAUCCAUUCGCACCUCCGCAACAACACUCCCAUUCAAUGCAACCUCCUAGCACCGGCCACUCUAUGCAACCUCCGCAGCAACACUCCCACUCAAUGCCCCCGCGUAGUACACCUAAGGUUUCUUUUGUCAAGACACAACCCCCUGCUAAUACACUAGGUAGUUCUCUAAGCAACUCAGCUGUUAGUACACCUGGAUCAGUAAGUAGACCUCCUCCCAUGCCAACACCUCCCCACCACAUACCUUCUAGUAAUCAUAUGUCCUCUUCUAAUGUAUCUUCUGGCCAUCUACCCUACGGCAGUUCUAGUGCGAACAAUACUCCUUUACGUCCACCUAUGCCUACACCUAGUAGUUAUUCAGCUCAGUCUAGUGCGGGUGUUUCUCGGUCAGGUUCACCGCCUCCUCCAUUCCCAGGUGCACCCAGUCGGCCUAGUGUCUCUAUGCCCAUUCCGCCCAAAACCGGAUACAAUCCAGCCGCGGCCUUUGGUGCUCCUACACCACAAAUGGGACAAAUACCCCGUGGACCAGCUAAUGGCAUGCCAACGGGUUAUACUCCUAAUCAGCCGGGCUACAAUCAUAACUAUGCCCCAACCCCUCCCGUUGAACUCAAUCUAACUCCGGAGCAAGAAGCAGUCUACCAACGCCUAGCUGCUCUGAUUGAUGGACUUAUCCAAAUAAUCAAUGAGAAGAAGAGUUCGCUUAAGCAUUGGUUGCUCAAAACAAUCAAUCCUAAAGUAGAGGUUCUUCGUAAGCAAAUAGCGGCUAAAAGAUGGUCAGUUGAUUUCCUACAAAAGAUGGAUCUAUUCAUCAAACACAUUGAAGAUUUAGGCAUUCACAACGGUCAAAACCAAGUUGUUUCAGCCGAGGCAUUAGAUGCCGUUAAAAAGGAAGGCGAUGCCAUUGUGGCCUCUCGUCCCGUAGGUACUGAAAUUGAAACUUGGAUUUCAGCCAUUUACAGUCUUCUCAAAGUAGCUCUUCACUAA